AUGCCACAGCUUGCGAAUUACCUCUACAGCGAUUACCCAGCCCCAGCAAUUCCGGGGAGGAUGGUGAACUCAUUGAGGCCAAUGAUUGAAUCAAGCUCCUUGGGAUCGCAGAUCCCCGGCACCCUCUCUACCUUUGCGGGUCACCCCUGCAACACUCUCCAACGGCCGCUUUCGCAGCUUCCUUAUAACCCCUACAACCAUAACUAUCCCGUAUCGAUGAUUCCAGCAAUGUCGAGUCCGCUGAGGCGAUUGACAGAAUCGACCGUUCCGGGGUCACAGAUUACCGAUACCGCCUCUUAUCUCACGAUGGAUACUGGCAUCACCGCUCCUCCUCUUUCUCGGCCUCGUUCACCAAGGGCCUCCCUCCCAUCGAAUAUCAGCGAUGAAGAAGGGAGUGACCAGUCAUCUGACGACCCCGAAUUCUUCCGAUGUUUCCACUGCGGCUUCGAUCGCAGCGUGAGACUGGAUUAUGAGGGAAUUUGCGUGUACUGCUUGGAGCCGAAACAAGAGUGGUGUUUCAAAGGCAGACAUGAAUCCGACGAAGCUGCAUUUAAAGACGACGAGGGAACACAUCACAUGUAUUGUGAGAAGUGCCGGGGUCAGAAGGAGGAUGAACAGGAGGGGAAGCAGAAGGAGGAUGGACAGAAGGAGAAUGAAAACGAGGAGGGCAACCAGGAACCGGAAAGGAAGGAGGAGCAAGGACGAUAG